ACAUUUUUUAAUUUUAUUUUGUUUUGAGACUAUAUCUUGGUCACGCGAAACUCAUAAGAAAGUGAAUUAUCUUCAUAAUAUUUUAAAGGAAAUCAUUUGCUUGUGAUAUAUAUCAAAUUGAGUAUAAAAGUAUUGUGUAAUUACUUUUUCUCAACUUUACUCCUUCGAACUUUCAAGGUUAUCUUGUGUUGCGCAUUAAUGCAUGGUUAUCUAUAUUGGCAAAAAGUGCUUUAGUUAUCAUUCCUCCAUCAUUUUUGAUCAUUUGUGUAACAACGAAUUUUAUUGACUCUGUGACUAAAAUUAAAUUACCAUAACAGUAUGUUUGCUGUCUUCUCUUAUCCCAGUUUACAGACUUUAGGAAAGACAUCCUUAAGUACAAACUGUAUUUUGUCGCCUUAUUCAGAAGUUACUAAACGCCUUUUGAUUGAUUCCUCUCUGUCAUGUCAAGCACAGCAUUAUGCAAGAAAAUCAAGCACAACAGAGCAGGCCUGGCAGAAAGUGAAAGUGAAUCCUUUAGUACAUUAUAUUAGGACUUUAAAAUGGACACCCAUUCCUCUUGGGUUAGGAUUUGCUUUCAUAGCUUAUCAACAGUUCAGACAUGUUAAGAAAAGAGAGACUGCAAAAAUACUUUCUUCGCCCCAUCCAUCUGAUUUAUUAGCUUCAGAUGUACAUGUUUCUAUGUAUACAAUGUUACCUCUUCGAGCUGCUUCACGUUUUUGGGGCUGGUUGCACAAUUUUGAUUUACCAAAACCAAUUCGCAGACCACUUCUCAAUGUAUUUGUUUCUACAUACAAUUGUAAUUUAAAAGAAGCUGUUAUUGAAGAUAUUGAUGCUUAUAAAAGCCUUGGGGAUUUUUUUAGUCGUCAAUUGAAGAAAGAAUAUAGACCAAUAUAUCCUGGAAAAUGUCUAGUCAGUCCUUCGGAUGGUGAAAUUUUGCAUUUUGGCAAAAUUGAAAAUGGAUUAAUUGAACAAGUGAAGGGUAUAACUUACUCUUUGAAAUCUUUCCUUGGAAUGAAAUCCAUGGAUGCAGAAGAUAUGGUCACUGAUGAAAAAUAUCAUAAAAGUCUGCUUCACAACAAAGACAAUGUUUUGUAUCACUGUGUUGUGUACCUUGCUCCUGGUGAUUAUCACAAAUUUCAUUCACCCUCAGAGUGGACCGUUCACCAUAGGAAGCACUUUCAUGGUGAAUUAUUAAGUGUUCAUCCUGGAAUUGUAAGCUGGAUUGCUGGACUUUUCAAUAUCAAUGAGAGAGUUGUAUAUACUGGGGAAUGGCAACAUGGCUUCUUUUCACUUACUGCUGUUGGUGCUACAAAUGUUGGUUCUAUUAAAGUCUAUUUUGAUGAGACUCUUCAAACAAAUCAGAAGAAGUGUGUGAAAGGUACAUUUGAAGAAAAGCAUUUUAAUCCUCCAGUAAACAUGACUGAAAAAGGUCAACCCUUUGGUGAAUUUAAUUUAGGUUCUACUAUUGUUUUAAUUUUUGAAGCACCCAAAGACAUUACAUUUAACAUUGCAGCUAGACAAAAAGUAAAAUAUGGUGAACUCAUUAGUCUAUGUAAUAAUUUUCAAUCAUCUUAAAACAAUUACUUCAUACUAUUUAAAUGAAUCAUAUCAUCAGUUUUGAGAGUGUUAGCUACAU